AUGAUUCCACGGUCUCGCGCAUCAGGGCGCCUCCUCCUCCAGUCCGGGAGGGCCUCUUCGCGUGUCGUCUCCGUGAGCACGUGGGCAUCCAGCAAUCCCGCCUACAGGUGCCCACACAUCUGCAGCCGACGUCUGCCGCCCACCCGGGCACCUGGCUUGGCCGCAGCCUCCUUCUCAACUGCCGCAAGGCUCGCUAAAGAUAACCGCGACAAGGACAAGGGCAAGAGCUUCUUCGACUCGUCCGUCGAGUCUACCGAGCCCUUAUCCGACGAAGAGGCCAAACUCAACCGGGAGAACAGGGCCAAGGAUGCUGUGGAGAACAAGAACUUCGACUCGAAUGCCUCCUCUGCCAAGUCCGAAGGCGGCGCUCAGUCCUCGUCACAGGAUGCCAAGGGCAGCAGUGCGGCCGGGAACGGCGGCGAGGGCUCCGACGGUGGCAGCAGCAACAGCGGCGGCGGCGGCAAGAAGGGGAAGAAGUCCUCUGAUCGAGCGCUCGCGAAGCCCGUAGUCCCCGAUGUAUACCCCCAGGUCCUGGCCAUACCGAUAGCGCGGAGGCCGUUGUUCCCGGGCUUCUACAAGGCCAUCACCAUCAAGGAUCCCGAGGUGGCCUCGGCCAUCACCGAGUCCAUCAAGCGCGGCCAGCCGUACGUUGGCGCCUUCCUCUUCAAGGAUGAGAACCACGACGACGACGUGAUCCGCAACGUUGACGACGUCUACGACGUCGGCGUCUUUGCCCAGAUCACCAGCGCCUUCCCCAUCCACGGCCAGGAGGGUGCCCUGACGGCUAUCCUCUACCCCCACCGCAGGAUCAAGCUGUCGAGCCUGAUCGCGCCCGAGGCUAAGGAGGCCAAGGAGGCCAAGGACGCCGCCGCCCCCGGCACCGCCAAGACGAUCGAGGAGGCUUCGGACCCGGCAGCGGCGCCUGAACCUAUCCCCCAGAAGCCCGCGCGCGACGAGCCGACGCCGGACAGCAAGAAGGGAGACGCCGUGGCCAGCUUCGAGAAGGGUGCCGUCGAGAAGAAACCCGACCAGCAGGCCGAGAAGUACGAGCCGACAUCCUUCCUCAAGAGAUACCCCGUGAGCCUCGUCAACGUUGAGAACAUGGCGGAGGAGGCCUACGACCCCAAGAGCCCGGUGAUCCGGGCCGUGACCAACGAGAUCGUCAACGUGUUCAAGGAGGUGGCGACGAUGAACAACCUGUUCCGCGACCAGAUCUCGACCUUUUCCAUGAGCCAGUCGACAGGCAACGUGACGUCGGAACCGGCCAAGCUGGCCGACUUCGCGGCGGCGGUGUCGUCGGGCGACCAGACGGAGCUGCAGGAGGUGCUGUCGUGCAUGAACGUCGAGGAGAGGAUGCAGAAGGCGCUGACGGUGCUCAAGAAGGAGCUGAUGAAUGCGCAGCUGCAGUCCAAGAUCACCAAGGACGUUGAGCAGAAGAUCAGCAAGCGCCAGCGCGAGUACUGGCUUAUGGAGCAGAUGAAGGGCAUCCGGCGCGAGCUGGGCCUCGAGUCGGACGGCAAGGAGAAGCUGGUGGAGAAGUUCAAGGACAAGGCCAACAGCCUGGCCAUGCCGGACGCGGUCCGCAAGGUGUUUGACGAGGAGCUCAACAAGCUGGCCCACCUGGAGACGGCGGCGUCCGAGUUCAACGUGACGCGCAACUACCUGGACUGGCUGACGCAGAUCCCGUGGGGCCAGAGGAGCGCCGAGAACUUCGGCAUCCCCAACGCGCAGAAGGUGUUGGACGAGGACCACUACGGGCUGCAGGACGUCAAGGACCGCAUCCUCGAGUUCAUCGCCGUGGGCAAGCUCCGCGGCACGGUCGAGGGCAAGAUCCUGUGCUUCGUGGGCCCGCCCGGCGUGGGCAAGACGAGCAUCGGCAAGUCCAUCGCCCGCGCGCUGAACCGCCAGUACUACAGGUUCAGCGUGGGCGGGCUGACGGACGUUGCCGAGAUCAAGGGCCACAGGAGGACGUACGUCGGCGCGCUGCCCGGCCGCAUCAUCCAGGCGCUCAAGAAGUGCCAGACGGAGAACCCGCUGGUGCUCAUCGACGAGGUGGACAAGAUCGGCAAGGGCUACCAGGGCGACCCGUCGUCGGCGCUCCUGGAGCUGCUGGACCCGGAGCAGAACAACUCGUUCCUGGACCACUACCUCGACGUGCCGGUGGACCUGUCCAAGGUCCUGUUCGUGUGCACGGCCAACAUGACGGACACGAUCCCGCGCCCCCUGCUGGACCGCAUGGAGCUCAUCGACCUCUCGGGGUACGUGGCGGACGAGAAGAAGGCCAUUGCGCAGAAGUACCUGGCGCCGGCCGCCAAGGAGGCGGCCGGCCUGCAGAACGCAGACGUGGACCUGACCGAGGAGGCCAUCGAGGAGCUCAUCAAGUCGUACUGCCGCGAGUCGGGCGUGCGCAACCUCAAGAAGCAGAUCGAGAAGGUGUACCGCAAGUCUGCGCUCAAGAUCGUGCAGGAGCUUGGCGAGGACGUCCUCCCCGAGGAGGAGGCCCUGACCGAGGAGGGCAAGUCGGCGCUGGAGGCGUCGCCGGAGAGCGAAGCGACCAGCAGCAGCAGCAGCAGCGCCGAGAGCACCGGCACCAGCUCGGGCGGCACGACGGACAGGCCCCGCAAGGCGCUCCGCGUCCCGGACAGCGUGCACGUGGCCAUCGACAAGACCAACCUGACGGACUACAUAGGCCCGCCCGUCUUCACGUCGGACCGUCUCUACGAGGUCAGCCCGCCGGGCGUGGCCAUGGGUCUGGCGUGGACCCAGCUCGGCGGCUCGGCCAUGUACACCGAGUCGAUCCUGCAGGCUCCCCUGCGCCCGUCCAGCCGGCCGGGUCUCGAGAUCACGGGCAACAUCAAGACGGUCAUGAAGGAGUCGACGACCAUCGCCUACUCGUUCGCCAAGUCAUUCGCCCUGGCCAACUUCCCGGACAACCACUUCUUCGACAAGGCCAGGAUGCACAUGCACAUGCCCGACGGCGCCGUGCCCAAGGACGGCCCAUCGGCCGGCAUCACCAUGGCCACCUCGUUACUGUCGCUCGCCCUGGACGCCCCCGUCAACCCGACCGUCGCCAUGACGGGCGAGCUGACCCUCACCGGCAAGGUGCUCCGCAUCGGCGGCCUUCGGGAGAAGACGGUCGCCGCCAGGAGGGCCGGCUGCACCACCGUCAUCUUUCCCAAGGACAAUCUGUCUGACUGGCUCGAGCUUCCGGAGAACAUUAAGAAUGGCAUCGAGGGCCACCCGGUAGAGUGGUACAACGACGUCUUUGACAUUGUCUUUCCCAACCUCGACAGGGAAAAGGCCAACACGUGUAAGAUUGCCGAGUGGGUCAAGAAGAAUGGCGAGGAUGAGAAGUCAUCGAAUGAUGAGGAGUAG